AUGGAUCUUGUGGUCGGUGGAAAGUUUAAGCUUGGAAGGAAAAUUGGUAGUGGAUCAUUUGGAGAGCUUUAUCUAGGUGUAAAUGUACAAACAGGAGAAGAAGUUGCUGUCAAGCUGGAAUCAGUGAAGACCAAGCAUCCUCAACUUCACUAUGAGUCAAAGUUGUAUAUGCUGCUUCAAGGAGGAAGUGGUAUUCCGAACCUCAAGUGGUUUGGAGUUGAAGGUGAAUACAGCGUAAUGGCUAUUGACCUUCUAGGCCCUAGUCUUGAAGACUUGUUUAACUACUGCAACAGGAAGUUCACCUUGAAAACAGUUCUCAUGCUUGCCGACCAACUUCUUAACAGGGUUGAAUUUAUGCAUACUCGAGGUUUCCUUCACCGUGAUAUAAAGCCUGACAACUUUUUAAUGGGCCUCGGGCGCAAAGCAAAUCAGGUGUAUAUCAUUGAUUUCGGACUAGGGAAGAAAUACAGAGACCUUCAGACUCACAAGCACAUUCCUUACAGAGAAAACAAAAAUCUCACUGGGACAGCUCGGUACGCAAGUGUCAACACUCACCUUGGAGUCGAACAAAGUCGAAGGGAUGAUUUGGAAUCACUUGGUUAUGUGCUUAUGUAUUUUAUCAAAGGAAGCUUACCUUGGCAGGGAUUAAAAGCUGGGACAAAGAAGCAGAAGUAUGAUAGAAUCAGUGAGAAGAAAGUAUCAACUCCGAUAGAGGUGUUGUGUAAAAACUACCCUUCUGAAUUUGUUUCAUACUUCCAUUACUGCCGAUCUUUACGAUUUGAUGACAAACCUGACUACUCUUACCUUAAAAGGCUUUUUCGCGACUUGUUCAUCCGAGAAGGUUAUCAAUUCGAUUAUGUAUUUGACUGGACAGUCCUCAAGUAUCCUCAAAUCGCUUCCAGCUCUGGUUCUAGCUCACGGACAAGGCAUCAUACAACAACGAAACCAGCAUUCAACGCAGGUCCUUCUAUUGAUAGACAAGAGAGGAUGACAGGAAAAGAAACAUCCCGCGAUAGAAUCUCGGGUGCAGUGGAAGCCUUCUCUCGAAGACACCCGACAACAACAUCUACGCCACGUGAUCGUUCCAGAUCAAGAAAUUCUGAUGACGGACCUUUCACUAAGCACACACAUGGAGAUUCCGAAAGAGCAAACAGUUCCUCAAGAUACAGAACAACCUCUUCUUCUAGGAAAGCCAUUGCUGCUUCAAGCUCUCGGCCAAGUUCUGCAGGGGGACCAAGCGAAAGCCGAACUUCAAGCCGUCUGGUUUCAUCAAGCGGCGGUGGUGGCAGCGGUAGUGGCACUGGCCGUCCAUCCACUAGUCAGAGAGUCCAAGCUGGAUACGAAUCCAAAACUUUGUCUUUCUCUCGUGCAACAGCUUCAAAAAACGCCAGGGAAGACCAAUUGAGGAGCUUCGAGGCCCUCUCUCUUCGGAAAUAA